CAGAACAAAAACAUGUCCGCUUUCACUUUCAUUUCUGUACAUAUUCAAAAAUAAACAAACGAAAAAUGAGCAAUAAAAAUUCCGAAUUGGAGAGCCUGUCGUUGGCCGGAAACAUAAAUAUUUGGUCCGAAAAUCAAAGCACUCUCGAAGAACAGGCCCUAAAAGAAUUGCAAACUUUCGCUAAAGAACUAAAUACCGCCGAAGACGGAGAAAUUACAGACGAUAAUGAAAAGGUUGAUGAAAAGGAAGAUAAAAAUUUUAGUUUAAACGUAGAAUCGUACAUUAAGCAGCAACAGGAUUUGAAAAAACGCCAAGAUUUCCAAAGAAGCUUGGCAAACGACACAAUUAAAUCAAAUAAUAAUAGCAAGAAGAGAAAAGUCCGCGAUGAUAGCGAUUUAGAAGACAAAUCAGGAAGUGAAUAUGUACCGAGUGAUGAUGAAGACUCCGAUCCUUCGUAUAAUUAUGUAGAUGAACAAACUGUUAUAACAAAGAAAAAUAAACGCAAGGAAUGCACGCUUAUAGAAAAAACCAUCGACGAUGGCGAUUGCAAGUCGUACAAAGCGAGAUUGGAUCUCUAUUACAAACUACUCGAACAAGAGGAAGAAUCUUCGGAGGACGAUUCGAAGGACGUCCACACUGUACAAGACAACUUGAAAAUUCCCUACAAAAUUUGGAACAAACUAUACAGGUACCAACAAGAGGGCGUCAAGUGGAUGUGGAACAUCCACCGAAAGUCGACGGGCGGCCUGCUGGGCGACGAAAUGGGCCUGGGCAAGACCGUACAAGUCAUCGUAUUCCUCCAUUCGCUCCACCACAGCCAAAUCAGCUCCUGUCACGGCCGGUUCGUCGGCCUGGGCCCCACGUUGAUCGUCUGCCCCGCCACCGUGAUCCACCAAUGGGUCAAGCACUUCCACGAGUGGGCGCCGGAGUUCCGGGCGGCCGUGCUCCAUCAGUCGGGCAGCUACAAGGGCGACAAGAACCGCCUCAUCAAAGACGUCCGCAAGACCAAAGGCGUCAUCAUAACCACCUACCAAGGCGUCAUUAAGUACGAGAAGUAUCUAACGGAGCACGAGUGGCACUACGUGAUACUAGACGAAGGCCAUAAAAUCCGCAACCCCGCCACCAAAGCCACUCAAGUCGUUAAAUCGUUGAAUACGCCUCACCGUUUGAUGCUCACCGGCAGUCCGAUGCAAAACGAUCUCACCGAACUGUGGAGCUUGUUCGAUUUCACGAAUCCCGGCAUGCUGGGCGAUCUGAAAACGUUCCAAGAGCAUUUCAUCGAGCCGAUCCUGCAAGGCGGCUACUCGAAUUCCACCUACGCGCAGGAGGCCACCGCUCUAUCCGUCGCCGGCGCGCUCAAAGAUCUGAUCGACCCUUAUUUGUUGAGGCGCACCAAGCACCAAGUGCAACGUCACGUCUCGCUGCCGAACAAGACCGAACAGGUGCUGUUUUGCUCGUUAUCCGACGAGCAAAAGGCCCUGUACAAAGAUUACUUGCUAAGCGAUCCUGUGGCGGAUAUCCUGGGCAAGGGGGUGAAGAAUUGGAGCGGUGAUCACGGCGUCAGGGCGAAGGUGUUUGUGGCCAUUACGAAGCUGCGGAAGAUAUGCAACCAUCCCGACAUAUAUCUCUCGGACGGGGCCGACGAGGAAUCGUUGCGCUUCGAUUACAAAUCCUCCGGCAAAAUGGUGGUGGUGUCGGCUUUGUUGAAAAUCUGGAAGAAACAGGGCCAUCGGGUGCUGUUGUUCACGCAGGGCAGGUCGAUGAUGGAGGUGCUCCGGCGGUUCCUCGACCGGCAGGGGUACAAGUACCUGAAGAUGGACGGUACCACCGCCAUCGGGGCCAGGCAGCCUUUGAUCGAGAAAUUCAACACGGAUUCUAGUUACGAUGUGUUUCUGUUGACUACUAGAGUGGGUGGUUUGGGCGUGAAUUUAACGGGAGCCAAUCGGGUGAUUAUCUACGAUCCGGAUUGGAAUCCGGCAACCGAUACCCAAGCCAGAGAAAGGGCCUGGAGAAUAGGACAGGAUAAGGACGUGACGAUUUACAGGUUACUAACGGCCGGAACGAUAGAAGAAAAGAUGUACCAACGACAAGUAUGGAAACAACUGUUGAGCAACAAAAUCCUGCUGGAUCCGAGGACGAACAAAUUCUUCAAAUCAUCGGAUUUGUUCGAUUUGUUUUCGCUGCAAGAGAACGCCGACAACGCCCCGGAAACCGUCAACAUUUUCCACAAAUCCAGGGUGAGGAUUCAAGAGAAGCUCAAAAGGAAAUCGAAACCGAAGCGACCCGAAGCUUCGCCGAAGCGGCGAUUCACCGACGAAAAGCUGCUCGAGAUGAAGCACAUGGCGCACCGGAUAGCGAAGAGCCUCUCGAAGCCGCCGCCCGAGAGCGCCGAUCGGCUCGAAUUGGAGCGAGAGAAGCGACGGAGGCGCGAGGAAACGGACGAAGCGAAACGAUUGGAGGUCGCCGAGUUGCGGAGGUACAACAGGGAAAAGGCCGGCAUCGUCGAGGACGUUCACGCGAACAAAAUAGACGAUCGCGACGCUCUGGUGGGGUUCUCGGAGGCUUUGGAAUACGCCGAAACGACGGCUCGAUUGCAUCACGAACUCAAAACGAACAACAAAGAUUUAGAUGAGAUAGCGGAUGAGGUGAAUACGGCCAAGGAAACGGUGAGCAAAGAACCGGAGAAGUUGAUAAAAAAAUUCAAAAAACGGAAAAUCGAUUUGACCGGUAAAAUAGACGGAGAAAAGAUCGAAGGUUUGGUGAAAACCGAAACGAAGAAAACGAAAAACGCGGAGAAAGACAAAAAUAAUGCGUCGAAUAAAAGCGGCGGUGAAGAUGAUUUUAUAUUGGGCAAAUUGUUUAAUAAAAAAGGUGUUUCCGGUGCUAUCCAGCACGAUUCCGUUGUACAAGAAACGUCUAAAGGGGGGAGUUUGAGAGUACACACCGAGGCGCAAAUGAGGGCCGAGAAAUCUUUGCAAGCGCUUAAGAAAUCGAGAUUAGAUAAUUGGAAAUGGUGAUUGUUUUGUAAGAUAUUUUUUUAUUUUCAUAUAAUUAAGUGUAAAAAUGAUUGUGUAUAAAUUACUAAAUUGAGUUAAUUGAAAAAAUAAAAAUACAGAUAAAAAUUUUGAAUGAAUUAUUAAAGAUUGUAAAAAUAUUGAUAAGUAAUAAAUGAAUAAAAUGGUAA